AUGUUGGCCGAUUUUCAUCACUCUUCCUCCUUCGCUCACAAGCUCAAGUCCUCCAUCGGCUGCUUCCGCGCCUCCGACCAGCCGUCGACCAAAUCGCCGUGUUCCUGGUUCAAAUCUACGGCCGCUGAAUUCCCCGACUUACUUGACCGCUGCCGCUAUCUCGUCGCUCGGAUCGGUCGCGGCAGCCGGAGAAGGUACCACGCUUCCCCUGACUUUACCUACGAUUCUUCCAGCUACGCGCUUAAUUUUGAGGACGAUUCCCGUUACGACGAUGAAUUUCCGCUCAGAAAUUUCGCCGCCAGAUUGCCGCGCCUUCCGGCAGCCAAAUUUGCCGGAUCUCAAGCCGGAGUCAGUACCGUUGCUGCGUGUAGUUGA